AUGAGCUGGAGUUUCCUGACGCGGCUCCUGGAGGAGAUCAACAACCACUCGACUUUCGUGGGCAAGAUUUGGCUGACCGUCCUCAUCGUCUUCCGCAUCGUGCUGACAGCCGUGGGGGGCGAGUCCAUCUACUACGACGAGCAGAGCAAGUUCAUCUGCAACACGCAGCAGCCCGGCUGUGAGAACGUCUGCUACGAUGCCUUCGCCCCUCUCUCCCACGUCCGCUUCUGG